AUAGUUUGGCUGGUUCGAGAACCGCAUUACAAGUAUUCCUGAAUGCUCGAAGCUAGAAAAUUUCUUCUGCCGCCGAGAAUCGCUUUUUCUGGUUCUUGAUCAUCCAAACUGCUCCUUAACACCGAACCUUCGAGAAGAUGGUGCUGAUAGAGCAGCAAGAGUGCGAGGAUCCAAACCCCAAACCCUCCAACGCCGCCGAUGCCACCAAUGACGCUUCCGACGGCUUCGAAACCGCCAGCGACGCCGAUCUCGACAACGACGCCGAAGGCGGCGGAGCUAGCAUCCGGGAAGAACAGCAUCAUCCCUCGGAAUGCCAACAUCAACCGCAGGCAGAGCAAGAGCAGGAGCAGGGUGUUCCUGGGAGCAGCGAGUCCUCCGAAAAUGCCUUGAUCAACGAGGAGGAAUUGAAACAGAAAGCAUUGGUUGAAGCAAAUGAAGCGAAGGUAGAAGGUAACAAAUUUUUUGUAGAUGGGAAGUAUGAAGAGGCGUUAUCACAAUAUGAGCUUGCUUUACAAGCUGCACCAGACAUGCCUUCCGCCGUGGAAUUACGCUCAAUAUGCCAUGCAAAUCGUGCUGUGUGCUUUCUCAAACUCGGAAAAUAUGAAAACACAAUUAAAGAAUGUACAAAAGCAUUAGAAUUGAAUCCUGUGUACGUUAAAGCCUUGGUGAGAAGAGGAGAGGCUCAUGAAAAGCUUGAGCACUUUGAAGAGGCCAUUGCUGAUAUGAAAAAGAUCUUAGAAAUUGAUCCCUCAAAUGAUCAAGCUAGAAAAACCAUUCGGCGACUGGAGCCAGUUGCUGCAGAAAAACGGGAAAAGAUGAAGGAAGAAAUGAUUGGGAAACUGAAAGACAUGGGUAAUUCUGUCUUGGGCCGCUUUGGGAUGAGCAUAGACAACUUUAAAGCAGUCAAAGAUCCGAACACCGGUUCCUAUUCCAUCUCAUUCCAGCGUUAAAUUGUCCACCGAGUACCGAAGUCAUUAUAACAACAUUAAACAAGAAAGAAGCGGCCUAGAAUGACGCAGGGUUGACACUUAUUUGUGCAUGCAAGUUAUUAGGAAUAUUUUUAUGUUAGUAAUGUAUGAGAAGUGAGAAUUAAGGCAUAUAAAUUUGUUAUGGUUUCAUUGAGUAAGUCUAUAAUAAUCUCUUCACAUUCCAACAUGUCAUUUGUUUUCAUUUUGGGAGAAAUUUCAUGUUGUGUGAUUUGGCUGUUGAGAAGUACUGGCAAGAUCUUUCGUACACUUGAUAACCAACUUGAGAUUUCAUCCAAUAAUAGAGCAAGUGUUGAAAAGGUG